CUGCUGGCGCUGUCCGUCAGUGAGGGAGGCGGGACCUGGACGGCGGUCACGUGAUGCGGGCCGGUGCGUUGCCGCCGCCGACGGGACUAGGCUUCCACUCAGCGGGUUUAGGAGCUGUUGCUGUGAACGGAGAGACGGGGACGUGAGCGGCCAUUGAGGGUGGCCAGGGUGCCGGUGAGUUCCCCCCAUCUGCUCGGUGUGCGUGCUGAGCUUCGAUGGAAGACCACAUGACGGAGCACAACAAGGAGAAGCGUCAUGAGUGCGACGUGUGUGGCAAGGCCUGGCAGUACCCAAGCCAGUUGGAGUCCCAUCGGCGGGUGCACACGGGAGAACGUCCUUUCGAUUGCUCGGAGUGCGGCAAAAGCUUCUCCCACUAUGACAGCCUGCUGCGGCACAACCGCGUGCACACGGGCGAGAGGCCCUUCGGCUGCUCCACCUGCGGCAAAUGCUUCUCGCACUACGCCAACCUGCUGCGGCACAACCGCAUGCACUCCGGCGAGAGGCCCUUCACUUGCUCCGACUGCAGCAAGGGCUUCACAACGAUGCAUGAACUGAAGAUCCACCGGGGGGUGCACACGGGAGAACGCCCUUUUGACUGCUCGGAGUGCGGAAAGAAUUUCAUCCGCUAUGACAGACUGCUACGGCAUUACCAAGUGCACUCCGACUCGAGGCCCUUCACCUGCUCCGACUGCGGCAAGGGCUUCACAACGACGCAAGAGCUAAAAAUCCACCGGCGGGUGCACACGGGGGAACGUCCUUUCGAUUGCACAGAGUGCGGCAAGAGCUUCAAGACGACAAAUCACCUGAAGAUGCACCAGCGGGUGCACACGGGCGAGAAGCCCUAUGGCUGCUCCACCUGCGGCAAGAGCUUUGCCCAGUUGUCAGGGCUACGGCAGCAUCAGCGGGUGCACAACAGUGAACGGCCCUUCACCUGCUCCGACUGCGGCAAAAGCUUCAAGUCGUCCACGGUUCUGAAGGUGCACAGGCGCGUGCACACCGGGGAGUGGCCCUACACCUGCAGCGACUGCGGCAAGGGCUUCACUAGGCCCUACAGCCUGCUGGAGCACCAGCGCACCCAUACGGGCGAGCGCCCGUUCAUCUGCGCCCAAUGCGGCAAGGGCUUCACCCGCUCCAGCAACUUGCUGUCCCAUCAGCGGAUGCACGCCGGUGACCGUCCCUUCCCCAGCUCAAUGUGUGGUGAACGCUUUGCCAUUGCCUCCCAGGCCCUGUCUCACCACAACGUGCACACCAGUGGCCAGCCCUACGAUUGCCCGUACUGCGGUGAUGUGUUUGACAGCUUGCGGGGGUUGCGGCAGCACCAGCGGGCCCACGCCAACGAGCGGCUGCUCCCUCUGCAGCAAGCAUUUCAAAAGCGCACGGGGUCUGCAGGAGCACCAGCGGAUACACACCGGAAAGAGACCCUUUGUGUGCGAUGACUGUGGCAAGGGUU